AUGUUGCGUGAGAUAUUCUUUUUAUUUACAUGCAUGGCAUGUGUGGAAUUGGCCAUUCAUUUCCCAUGGAUUAAGGACAUCUCUCACAGCGUUGAAGCCGAAACUGGUACAUUUAAUUAUCCAGUGCCAUUGUCUACACACAAUGAAGAACACGCGCGUUUACUGCAAAAUCUGGAGCGAGCUAAUGGGAAAUGGAACUCCGUCCAUCCUCGACAUCGAUUGUUAACUGCCCUGCAUGGGUAUACUGCGUACAAAGACAAAAGCCUAGCUGAGGUUAAUCGAUGGAGAAAUCUUUAUAAAAAUGUCCCCAAGCAGCAGCGAAAGUUGCUCGAAUCAACCGUCCACUACACGCGUAAACUCAACACAGCGGAACAUCUGUUCGAGACAAACAGCGAAAUCACCAGAUCUAUUGUUGAUUACGGUCUUUCGUUCUACAAUAUUAGUCAGUCUGAGCUGGACGAAUUCAUCCAAGAAAGUGAAACCCAGCAGCGGUCCGUUGAUAGGACUAGCGUCUCUCAGGGAAUGAAGCAUUUUGUGCGUGAUUGGGCAGAUGAGGGCGAUGAAGAACGUCAACAAUCCUUUGGAUGUAUUUUAAAAUCGCUUGCCCAGACGCCACGAGCGAAAGAUAAACCCUUGCGAGUGUUAUUGCCCGGGUCAGGAUUGGGAAGACUAGCGCAUGAGGUCGAUAAUCUUGGAGGUUUCGAUGUCACUAUGAAUGAAUGGUCAACAUACAUGAAUCUAGCAUACCGUUAUGUAUCCAGUCUCUCUGCCCCCAACAGUGUACCAUUUCACCCGUACAUUGACUGGUGGUCUCACCACGUCACGACGGAUGAUCUCCAGCGCUCCAUUACAUUCCCGAACCAAGUUAUACGCCCAUCAUCUGUCUUACUGAUUGAGGGAGAUUUCACCACGGUAUUCACAGAACACACAGGCCAAUACGAUAUAAUCGUGACCUUGUUUUUCAUCGAUACUGCGCGGAAUCUAGUCUCAUAUCUUGAGACUAUACACAGACUCCUUCGCCCUGGUGGCCGUUGGGUAAAUCUAGGUCCUUUAUUGUAUGGCACUGCGCCAUUUGUGCAGUUAUCACUGGACGAGAUUGUGGCGUUGAGUGUUACUAUGGGAUUUGAGUUCCAGGAGACAGAUCCUGCAAUUGGAAAUCUCACAUUGCCUGACUUAAAAGUGCGAGGGUUGGAGGUAGCAUAUGGUCGAAAUGAGCGGGGGUUGAAUAAGAAUGCAUAUCAGGCGCAGUAUUGGGAGGCUGUUAAGCGCUAG